CGAGAAAGCAGGUGUCUGCAGCAUUCGGCGCUUAACCACGGCGCGAAGCAGACGCGUUGCUCCCUCUUUCUGCUCCUCCAGGCGCGAUCGAUCCUCGUUGCUCUCAGCCGCAUGCAUAGCGAAAAACAAAAAUAACACAAAAAAUACUCGAUAUACAAACCAAAAUAUUCGAUAUAUGCGAGCGUAAUCAACAAACAAGCCAAUUUACAUAUGUAAAAAAAAAACAAAAAACAAAAAAGAAACAUAAGUAAAUAAAAACAAACAAACAUAAAGCAAAGCCAAACGAAACGGAACGGAAAGAACCGCUGGGAAAACGGUUAGCAAAGUGGUGAUCAACACGCUUUUUGUGUCCUUUUCUUUUUUUUUUUUGUUUGCAUUUUCUUUUGUGUGUGCUCCACUUGCGAUCGUUAAUUGUUGACCGCGUGCAACACGCCGCCCUCCUCGCCCGCUGCUGUCAUUACCAGCAACCCAUCGGCAACAUCGGCGGACUGCAGCAACUGCAGCAGCAGCAUCAACUGCAGCAGCAACAGCAACAACAUCAUCAUCGGCGGGCAGAAGUAACGGCCACCGUUCAAGUGCAACUGUUUUCGAAAGUUGCCGCUAACGCAUCCUGUUUGUCAGCCUUCGGAAUUUUUGAUUUCGAUUCGGAAUUGGAAUUGAAAUUGGAAUCGGAACUUUAGCUGCAACAUCACGGAAUCGAAAUCGGAAUUGGGCCUAGGACCAAAUAGCAACACCAUCAACACAAUCAGCAGCAGCAGCAGCAAUAACAGCAGCAACAUGCAACAUCAGCAGCAACAGCAACAGCAGCAACAGCAGCAGCAGCAGCAACAACACAAGCAAGUGCGCUGCAGAAAUCUACGAAGAAACGUAGAAAUCGGUGCUAAGAAGAUUUGGCUGCCGCUUAUCAUUUUCCUUUCACUGCAGGUCGCACUCGUUUGCGCGGACGAUGUGGAGGUGGUGAAGGCGAUUGCCGGCGGACCCGACGACGAUCUGACCAUCGCUCUUGGGGAUCACGAGAACGAGCUGGACCAGAUGGCCCAGGAAUCGGAGCAGGAGCAGCAGGCCCAGGCGCAGCAGCAACAGCAACAACAGCAGCAGCAGCAACAGCAGCAACAGCAGCAGCAGCAUCAGCAGUUGCCGCAAAUCCAGAUGCAGUUGCCCCAAUCGGUGCCCAAGGUGCAGGUGCACUACCAGCACAACAUGCCACAGCCGCCUCCAAAUGUGGCACUCACCAUGCGAAACAAUCACCAGAACAUUCCGCUGAGCUUUGGCCAGCCGUUCGGACCUCCUCCGCCGCCGGGUGCCCAGUUCUACAAGGGACCACCUCCGCCGCAGCUGCAGCAGCGACCGCAGCCCCCGCCGCAGUUGCAAUUGCAGGUGCAGCCGCAACAGCAGCAGCAGCAACAGCAGCAUACGCAGCAGCAGGGUCAGCAGCAGCAGGUGCAGGUGCCCGACUUGAGUGUGGGCGGAUCGAGCAACAAUGAGAUAUGGGCGGCACCUGUACAGGAUAUGCCCAAGAUUGUGUCCCUGGACGUCAAGUGCGAGAAGAACGGGAUGAAGGUGUUCGUGCAGUUCGACAAGCCCUUCAAUGGCAUUGUGUUCUCCAAGGGUCACUACAGCAACAUGAACUGCGUCCACUUGCCAUCGGGACUGGGACGCAGCUCGGCGAGCUUCGACAUUGGACUGCACGAGUGCGGCACCGCCGGCAAUACGGACAACUAUGGCCAGGGGUAUGGCCAUGAGGCGGGCAGCACGGGAGCAGGCACCUACUUCGAGAACAUCAUCGUCAUACAGUACGAUCCGCAGGUGCAGGAGGUGUGGGAUCAGGCCAGGAAACUCCGUUGCACGUGGCAUGAUCAGUACGAGAAGAGCGUGACCUUCCGUCCAUUCCCGGUGGAUAUGCUGGAUGUGGUGAGGGCCGAUUUUGCUGGCGAUAACGUUGGCUGCUGGAUGCAAAUCCAGGUGGGCAAGGGUCCGUGGGCAUCCGAAGUCUCUGGACUGGUUAAGAUCGGCCAGACGAUGACCAUGGUGCUGGCGAUCAAGGAUGACGACUCCAAGUUCGAUAUGCUGGUGAGGAAUUGUGUGGCGCACGACGGCAAGAGGGCGCCCAUCCAAUUGGUCGACCAGCGGGGCUGUGUCACCCGACCCAAGCUAAUGUCGCGCUUCACCAAGAUCAAGAACUUUGGAGCAUCUGCGUCCGUGCUGUCCUAUGCCCACUUCCAGGCCUUCAAGUUCCCCGACUCGAUGGAGGUGCAUUUCCAGUGCACCAUCCAGAUCUGUCGCUACCAUUGUCCGGAGCAAUGUUCAGCGGAAACGAACCUGCAGGAUGUCCACCACUUGCAGGUGGGUCCAGAAUCGCAGUACGGUCCACCGCCGCAGCUUCAUGUGGAUGCCUACCACGUGGCCAGCGCGAUUGGCAAGCGGCGGGACGAGCGAAGGGUGCAGCGACGUGCCCGAGCGGUGGCCGAACCGCAGGUGGGUCUGAACAGGAUCAUCAAGGUGGUGUCCUCCGGCGAUCUGACCUUCGCCAUCGAUGAGCAGGCCGGCGGUAAUGGAAGCUCACCGAAUGGCGCGAACUCCGGCGUGGAUCGCAGUCCACAGACCAUGGUAUUUCCACUGCGCGAGGAGGGCCUGAUCUGCAUGACCACGCCGGGCUUUGCCAUCACGCUAAUCGUGCUCCUGGGUAUCCUUGUCACGUCCUGCCUUACCUCUGCGGUGCUCUACGUCCGACUGCGUCCGUUCUCCUCGUUCGCAGGCAGCGCCAAGGAGCGGGCUGUGGCCUUCACGAAUCCCCAGCUGGCACCGCUCCCCGUCAUCCAGCUUCCCUCGCCGGCGGAUCUGCAGGGAACGCUCUCCAAGAAGCGGGCGAUGUCGUGAGCACGACCCCGACUGUGCGACUGGAACUAGUUCCGCGGGCGGAUUACCGAUUUCCGGCGGCUGGGCAAUGGCACUACUGAUAGCUUCUUCGGGAUCAGGUCUUUUGGUUGGCAAACAGAAGAAGUUCUUUUCAAAUCCAUUCUUAAAUCGAGUAAUCAAAUUCUACAAUUGAAAUCGAAAACCAUAUAAAUUGGUUAAGAAAAUAUUUGCUAUAAUCGUAUUCUAUUUAUAACAAAUUAAUUAUAAUUUUGUCUUAGUAAGAAGGUCCACGUCCAAAGACCCCGAUUUGAAAAGUAACUGCCAUUAGUGUCAUCACUAGCUACUGCGUUCUUUCAGCGCUUCCGUUUCCGGUUCUAGGUACAGUUGUGUCUGCGUCUGCGGCUCUUAAAUUUGUAGCGUACACUUCGUUAGUAUAAUUUUUGAUACAAAUCAUUUAACAUUAACUCAAGCCGUUUACUGGGUUCUCCUCUUCCUCUUCCACUUCCACUUCCUUUUCCAUUUUCAUUUCUAUUUUCAUUUCCGUUUCGUGAAAACUGUAGCUCUAAACCCCCUUCAGCACACCACUUCCUGUUUGUUUCUAUCAUUUCCACAUUCCCUCCUUGGUGGCAGUCCGAUAAUCGAUUAUUUUUGUUUUAGUUUAAGCCUAGGUUCUAUUUCAUGUAAAACGGUGCUAAGCCAUGAUCAGCCCACAUCAUACUCGUACAUAUAUCCAUCUGACAAUCACUUGUAGCUUUCUUCAGCAUUUGAGCCGAUACAAUCCAUUACUUAGAGUAUUUCUCGUAAGACUCUCUUAAGACUUUGUAGACACGCAUACACGCACAUUUUGCACACAAAGACACACACAUACACGCACACUUAUACAACAUAUGCAUAACAAAUAUACACUUGAAUUAGUCACUAAAUAUUUUAAGCGCUUUAAGCCGUAGACUAAGCCGAAUACUUCUGCGUCCCACUGUCAGAGAUUUUCCCAGACCUGAUUUACUUAUAUCAGAUAGUACGCCCUAUAGUCCACUUAUUUAUUUGCAUAAUGACUUAUACAUAUCGCAUACAUACCCACAUAUAUACCGCCUUAUAUAUAUCUUCGAUUUUUUUUGUCUACUUUUGUAAGCCGAGCAAUGCGAGUGAGAAGAGAAAGUGUUCAAUAAAUUGUUUAGAAUCCCUAAAA